AUGUGGGACGAUCUCAGAUUCAAUGUUUCUGACUUCAUUGAAGGUUCCUUCUCUUUAUCCAUAAAAAUAAACAUCCCUGAUGAGCCUCCGUGUUCGGCCUGGUGGUUGUCGGCUAUAUACGGGCCUGCUGGUGGCAGAAACAGAAAUUCCUUUUGGGCGGAACUUCUGGACCUCAAAAAUAAAUGUUCUCCUAUCUGGCUUUUAGCGGGAGAUUUUAAUGUAGUGAGAUUCUCCUUUGAGACAUCUGCCCAAAAUCUCAGACACUACAGUAUGAGGAAAUUUAACAACUUCAUCUCUGACAGCAAUCUUAUUGACCCACCCCUCUCAAAUGCAAAAUAUACAUGGUCAAACCUCAGAGCUCAGCCGAUUCUCUCCAGAAUUGACAGAUUCUUAUAUACAGUGGGUUGGGAAAACUUAUUCACUGCCCACUAUUCAAAAACACUCUCCAGAGUUACAUCAGACCACUUCCCGAUCAUCCUUGAAUCAUCCACGAUUAGUUGGGGCCCUCUACCUUUCAGGCUUAUAAAUGUACAUUUAAAAGAGUCGUGGUUUAAAAACAACUUUAGAAGUUGGUGGAAUAAUUUGAGACAGGAUGGACAUCCAGGCUUCUCUAUCAUGAAGAAGCUAAAAAAUUUAUCCAUCAUUAUAAGGGAUGAACAAAAAAGGAAUAACCGUUACAAUGAUGAAGAAAAGAGAGUUUGGGUCAAAGAAGUUGAUAACAUUGACAGAGUAGAAGCUGAAGGAAAUUUAUCUGAAGAGCUUAGCCUUCGCAGAACAAAAAUAAAAGCUGAGAUCCUUAUGUAUGACUUCAAAGAAGCACACGUAUGGCACCAAAAAAGCAAGAGACUUUGGAACACUGAAGGAGAUGAAAACACUUCCUUCUUUCACAGAAUUUGCUCUGCUAGACAACGAAUGAGUAUCAUUUCAAAUAUUAAUUCAGAUGAUGAAAUCCCUUGUACUACAAAUGAAAACAUUGUCAAAGCCUUCUUAGACCAUUUUGAAGGAAUCUACAAUGAAGGUGGUGUGGACAACCUCUGGCUUAUUGAAAAUCUCAAUUUUGGUCCCCUAUACCCUCAUCCCAAGCUCAAAACUUAUGCUCAUUUUUCUCGGAGGAGGAAAUACAUUCAGCCCUUGUUGCUUUCUCAAACAAUAAAAGCUCGGGCCCAGACGGCUUUACUAUGGAAUUCUUCAAAGCAACUUGUGAAUGUAACAAAUAUUGCCCUGAUUGCUAAGAAAGAAAAAUGUGUGGUGCCAGUGGAUUACAGACCUAUUAGUCUAACGACUUCCAUUUACAAGAUUAUUGCCAAAGUCAUUGCUGAAAGACUUAAAGAAACUCUUCCUUUAACGGUGGUAAAGAAUCAAAUGGCCUUUGUAAAAGGAAGACAAAUCAUUGAUGCUAUCUUAGUUGCAAAUGAAGCUAUUAACUAUUGGAGAGUAAAGAAAAUUAAAGGCUUUGUUAUUAAGCUGGAUAUUGAAAAGGCCUUUGAUAAGCUAAAUUGGAGAUUCAUAGACUUUGUGCUUAUGAAAAAGGGCUAUCCCAUUAAAUGGAGGAGAUGGAUAAAAGCUUGUAUCAGUAGUGUUCAGUACUCUAUUAUCAUCAAUGGCAGACCAGGAGACCCAAUCUCCCCUUUUAUUUUUGUCCUAGCAAUGGACUAUAUAAGCAGGAUGCUGGAUUCAAUUUGUGAGAACAUCAAAGGGGUGAGAAUGAAAGACAACAUUAACCUCACUCACUUACUUUUUGCAGAUGAUAUUCUGCUUUUUGUAGAAGAUGAUGAGCCCUCCCUACAAAAUUUAAAAAAUAUCGUCAAUCUUUUCCAGCUAGCUUCGGAUUUAAAUAUCAAUCUGAACAAGUCCACCAUCUCCCCUAUAAAUAUCGGAGGUAAACCAAUAACAAAGGCUUUCUGGAAGAACAUUGAUGAAAAAAUCAACAAAAAACUCGCCAGCUGGAAAUACUCUAUGUUAUCCAAAGGUGGGAAAAUCACCUUGAUUAAAUCUACUUUGGUCAGUCUUCCUACUUAUCAAUUAUCAGUGUUCAAAGCCCCUGCAUCAAUCUACAAAAGCAUUGAGAAAUCUUGGAGGAACUUCUUCUGGAAGAGCCGAACCGAGGCCCACAAACUACACUUGGUUAGUUGGGCAAAGAUCACCUCUCCAAAAGAGAAAGGGGGGCUGGACAUUAGUCGUAUGAAAGAUACAAAUUUUGCUCUUCUAACAAAAUGGCUAUGGAGAUACAUUCAUGAAGACACCCCCCUGUGGAAGAAAAUCAUAAAUGCAAAAUAUAGUAGCCAAACUCAAGGAGACAUUCCUUGUGUAUGCAAUCACAGCAGCAGCCGUUCCCCAUGGUUCUCCAUCUACAAAGGCCUGAAAUUGGUUUCAAAGGCAGGUUUCCUGGAAAAUUAG